AUUAUAUAUAUGCCUUUCACCAACAACAUUGAAACCAAAUAAGCUGACAAAACCAUAUUGCAGAGGAAGAAGCCAUGGUUGUGAGAGAGAUAGAAGAAGGAGUUGACUCUAAUUCUAGAGAAAUUAAUACUUUUCCUUUGAAACAACACUUUGUUCUUGUACAUGGAAUAAGUGGUGGAAGUUGGUGUUGGUACAAAAUUCGUUGCCUUAUGGAAAAUUCUGGGUAUAAAGUCUCAUGUAUAGACCUUAAAAGUGGUGGAAUUGAUCAAUCUGAUGCUGAUUCUAUUCUAACUUUUGAUGAUUAUAAUAAACCUCUCAUUGAUUUCUUAUCUUCUUUACCAGAUAAUGAACAGGUUAUAUUGGUGGGGCAUAGUGCAGGAGGGUUGAGUAUUACACAGGCCUGUCACAAAUUUCCUAAUAAGGUUAGUUUAGCAGUGUAUGUGGCAGCAACUAUGCUUAAGUUUGGAUACACAACUGAUGAAGAUCUUAAAGAUGGAGUACCUGAUUUAUCGGAGUUUGGUGAUGUCUAUGAGCUGGGGUUUGGAUUGGGACAUGAUAAGCCUCCAACAAGUGCUUUGAUAAAGAAAGACUUACAACGCAAAAUCUUAUAUUCUUUGAGCCCUCAUGAGGAUUCAACCCUGGCAGCAAUGCUAUUGAGGCCAGGACCAUUACUAGCAAUAAUCAGUGCACAAUUCAAAGUAGAUAAUGUUGAAGUGGAGAAGGUGCCACGUGUGUACAUAAGGACAAGUCAUGACAAUGUGGUCAAACCAAAGCAACAGGAAGCCAUGAUAAAUAGAUGGCCACCAAGUAAUGUUUAUGAACUGGACAGUGAUCACAGUCCCUUCUUCUCAGCCCCAUUUCUACUCUUUGGUUUUCUUGUGGAAGCUGCAAUUUCUUAUGUUGGAUGCAACUAGCUAUAGAAGACAGCAGAAACAGUUACCACAUUUAUUUUUGUCCCACUUUUGUUCUAAGAAAAUAUUUCCCCGUUCCUUUUUAUAAGAAACGAUUCAUUAAAUAUACUAAUGUAUCAUGAUUUAUAAUAUGGACAAAAUACAUUAGUUAUUAAAUGAACUUAAAAAUCAAUUGUUUCUUAUAAAAAAGACAGGAGGUUGUAAUUUGUUGUUUGAGAUAGUAAUCGAUUUGCUAAAUAUUUAAUUUGUCACUGAAUAAAAGAAUAAUAAAUGAUUCUCUCAA